AUGACCCAUUUUGAUGUCAUUCUGGAAGAGGAAGAAGGCUGGCUCCAUGUCCACCCACCCCAGCUCUUCCAGCAAGCAAAGCCUCCCCAGCGGGUAAACCAGGCAAUAUUCUGUGCGCGGUCUCGUCAGCCUGCUGGACCCAAAGGAGACAACAUUUAUGAAUGGAGGUCAACUAUACUGGGGCCUCCAGGGUCUGUAUAUGAAGGUGGAGUUUUCUUCCUUGACAUUACCUUUUCACCGGACUAUCCUUUUAAACCACCUAAGGUAACAUUUCGGACAAGAAUCUACCACUGUAAUAUUAACAGCCAAGGCGUCAUCUGCCUGGACAUUUUAAAAGACAACUGGAGUCCAGCGUUAACCAUUUCUAAAGUUCUCCUCUCCAUCUGCUCCCUCCUCACAGACUGCAACCCAGCUGACCCCCUGGUUGGAAGUAUUGCCACUCAGUAUAUGACUAACAGAGCAGAGCACGACAGAAUGGCCAGACAGUGGACCAAGCGAUAUGCCACAUAGGAACCUACUCUAGGAUUUGCUGGACCUGUGCAAGCACAUUCACUAAGUGCAUCAAUAGCCCUUCCCGUCAUUCUUAUUUUUUAUUACAUUUUGAACCAUUUUGUGACAAAAGGUUGUCCUUACUUUCUUUUUGGUUUUAUUUUUAUUUUUAUUUGUUCUGGGUUUUUUUGUUCUGUUAACUUGAAAGUUGUUUCCCUCAAAUGUAGACAGGGAAUUUUGGUUAUCAGUGCAAAGAAUGUUGGAUCUGUAAUAGUAUAGAGCUUUGUCACAAAGCUUUGUAUUAAUGUGGGUUUUGGUUUUUUUUCUUUCAUGUGGUUUUUGGGAAAACAAACAAAUUCAGAAUUAUAUCUCGUUUCUACUUAAAUGUAGUGUUUAGGGUUAUUUUUUUGUACUGAAGUCUUUAAUGGUGGGUGCAUGCUACUGGGAACAAGUUUUGUAUAAAAGCUUAAAAUCAAGAAUCACUGUGCAUUACUAAGACUGUGUUUAUCACUAGCCUUCUGUUUCCCACACAAAAGGCUAUUGCGUUGAACAAAUUAAUAUGUAUUUUGAUUUACUUAAAAAAAAAAAAAGUGCUUGUAAAUUUCUUAGGGACCUGCCACUUUUGACUGUGGAUCAGUUGAUGUACACUUGUAUUAUUAAAGCACUCAAUAAAACACUGUGGCUGAUAAAUG